UUCUUCAAAGAAAAGGAGUAAGGAGUUUCCUUUUCUCUCUCAAACUCUAGUUUUCCUCAAGUAAGUUUUCUUCAAGUAAUUUCUUCAAUAAUUCUAGCUUCUAAUCUAGUUUUGUUUUUGAAAUUUAUAGGAAGAUCUUGCAAUUAUCAAAGGGAAGCAAAGAGGUUUCAAGAAUAAUUAAAGCCAGUCAAACUUUUGACUGUUGAUUUUUGUGUAAUCAAGAUCAAUGGCCGAUAGAAACGCUAGAAUUGAUGCUCAACUGAGGAAUUUAGUCCGAGUGACUACGAAUUUAGCUAGAAGAGGUCCUUCGAAGAAGAAGUCUGUUGAUUGGUUUAAGAGGGUUAGUGAUAGUAAACCGCCUUCUUAUGAUGGGAAGGGUGAUCCUGUUAAGCUUGAGAACUGGGUUAGGGAUUUCGAGAAGCUAUUCGAUGCUAUCCAAUGUCCAGAUAAUAGGAAAGUAGCUAUAGCUGCAUAUUACCUCAAGGAGGAAGCUGACUUUUGGUGGUCGCAGCAUAAGGAGACGUUAAUGGCAAGGCCUGACUUUGAUUGGAAGGCUUUCGGAGUAGCUAUGAAGGAGAAAUUUUAUCCCAAUUUCUUGAGGAGGCAAAAGGCCACUGAGUUUGAUGAGUUGAAGCAAGGUGACAUGACUGUGGAGCAGUACUAUGAGAAGUUUGUAGGAUUGAUGAAGUUUGCUCCGAGAGGUUCAACUUUCAGGACCUUAGAGGAAGUGUAUGAUAGAGCUGCUCAUUUAGGUUCCUAUUUGAAACAAGCUGGAGUUGAGAGCUCGAACAAUAAGAGGAAGGAGAAUCCUAGUCAGAAUUUCCAGAGGAACGACAAGAAGUUCAAGCCUCAAAAUAACUUUCACCAAGGAGGACAAUCUAGUGGCCAAAGGAAUGGAGGCCAGUUUCAACCACAAAAGGGUGGAAAUGGUUCUAAUAAGGGAAAGAAAGGAGACGAACGCGUGUAUUUCUGCAAGAGGUGCCCUACAAUAUUCCUGGAAAGGAUUGUGAAGGAAAGCUAA